AUGCGUACCCCGCUCCUCGCCGCCGCCGCCUUCACCUUCACCUUGGCAGCGGCAGCCUCUGCUUCUCCUUUGCCCAGUGCUGCCGGCAGCGACAUUCCCCACCCCGAGUCCGUGUCCCAGCUCUCGGGGCACGAGGUCCGCGAUAUUGGCCGUCUUGCGCAGACCAUCAACUUUGCCUCGUGCCCCGAGCAGCCCUUGCCACAGACCUUGUUCGGCCAGAAACCCUCGGUCCUCAUCUCCUCGGCAGACGAGGACCAGCCGUAUGAUCUCGAAGACGCGCCCGACCUGAACUGGUACGUUUCGCGCUCGGGCAGCACCCUCCGGCUCGCCAUCUCGUCUCUGCCCACUGUCGAAGAGUUUGUCGAGAUCCUCGCCGAGCCCAGGCUCGUUCCUCCUCCAGCAUGGUUCUUCCCUUCCCUCGUCGACCGUCAAGGGCCCCUGCCGCUCGUUCACGGCUCCCUCAUCCCCGCCCUCGAGUCGCACGGCUUGGCAGCCACCGUCGCCGUGCUCGACACACUCAACACUCUCGAGGCGUUGCCUUUGGGCUUCGCUCGCCGCAUGCUGCACGUCUUCCGUCGCGGGCCCACCCCUAUUACCAAGAUCGAGAUCACCGGCCACGGCCUGGGCGCCGCGACCGCCCUGUUGGUCGCACUGGCGAUCAAGCUCGAGACAGCAAACGGCAAGAACCCCGCUCCGGCCGUCGAGGCUACGCUCUUUGGCCUCCCGCGCGUCGGUGACGAGGCGUUCGCCACAUGGGUCGACUCGCUCACCGAGGACGGGCACCUCACCAUUCGUCGCGUGACAAACGGCGCCGACGCCGUCCCCCACCUGCCUGGCCGCCACUUGAACUUUGUCCACCCCGCCUCGGCGUCCGAGAUCUGGCUUACCGACGACGGGUUGGUGAGGUGUACCGCCGCGUCGGGGAGCAUGGAGAGCGAGCGCUGCGCCGCAUCCAUCGCCCUCUCCAGCACUGGUCUCGGAGCCCACUCUGGCCCAUACGUCGGCGUCAGCCUCGGAGUGUGCCCUCUGUGA